AGCAGGGAAAAAAAUAUACAAGAUUUUGUGAUGGUGUUAGUACACAUAAGAUUACUGAGGUCUCUACUAACUUUGGAUGCUGAAUCAUUUCCAUCCUUUUUAGAUGGAGAAAGGUAGCUGAAAAAUGUGGUAGAAAACUUUGGAAAAUGCACUUGUAGCUGAAGACUGAGCAUUAAAACACUUAAAGUAGAGAAAAAGGCAAGACAGUAAGGCAAAAGACCAGCUAUACAACAGAGGGAAGGAAAAGUGAAUGCACAGAUCUUGCUUAGAAGUUUUUUUGUACGAAGGUUUCUUGUCUAUAUUUACGUAACUAUUCCAAGCUACCUAGUCUAAUGAAGUUGGACUUCGUUUAUCAAGUGUGAUUUACUCAAUAGAGCCUAAAAUCAUGAUGAAAAGGAAGAGCAUAUCUGCAAGCAAAGCUUCCGUGGUUUUCUUUCUGUGCCAAAUGAUUUCUGCAUUGGAUGUACCUCUUGACUCAAAACUUCUAGAAGAAUUGUCUCAGCCUCCAACGAUAACUCAGCAGUCUCCAAAAGAUUACAUUGUUGACCCUCGAGAGAAUAUUGUAAUACAAUGUGAAGCAAAAGGAAAACCACCUCCUAGCUUCUCCUGGACACGCAAUGGAACUCAUUUUGAUAUAGAUAAAGAUGCACAGGUAACAAUGAAGCCAAAUUCAGGAACCCUUGUCGUAAAUAUAAUGAAUGGUGUGAAGGCAGAAGCAUAUGAAGGAGUAUACCAGUGUACAGCAAGGAAUGAAAGAGGAGCAGCCAUUUCCAACAAUAUUGUUAUACGGCCAUCUAGGUCCCCUUUGUGGACUAAAGAAAAACUAGAACCGAAUCAUGUUCGAGAAGGUGAUUCUCUAGUACUACACUGCAGACCUCCUGUUGGCUUACCACCACCUAUAAUAUUUUGGAUGGAUAACGCUUUCCAAAGGCUGCCUCAAAGUGAAAGAGUUUCCCAAGGUCUAAAUGGAGACCUUUACUUCUCUAAUGUACAACCAGAAGACACUCGUGAGGACUAUAUCUGCUAUGCGAGAUUUAAUCAUACACAAACUAUACAGCAGAAACAACCCAUUUCUGUAAAAGUCUUUUCAAUGGAUUCAUUGAAUGACACUAUAGCUGCUAAUUUGAGUGACACUGAUAUUUAUGGUGCCAAGCCAGUUACAGAAAGGCCACCAGUUCUUCUUACACCAACGGGCAGCACAAGUAACAAAGUGGAACUUAGAGGAAAUGUUCUUUUGUUGGAAUGCAUUGCAGCAGGAUUACCCACACCAGUAAUCCGCUGGAUUAAAGAGGGUGGCGAACUGCCAGCCAACAGAACGUUUUUUGAAAAUUUUAAGAAGACUCUCAAGAUUAUAGAUGUCUCUGAAGCCGACUCUGGGAAUUAUAAAUGUAUAGCAAGAAAUAUAUUAGGUUCUAUACAUCACGUCAUUUCAGUAACUGUAAAAGCUGCCCCGUACUGGAUAACAGCACCCAGGAACUUGGUCUUAUCUCCUGGAGAAGAUGGAACAUUGAUCUGCAGAGCUAAUGGCAAUCCAAAACCUAGUAUAAGCUGGUUAACAAAUGGUGUUCCCAUAGCAAUUGCCCCAGAAGAUCCUAGCAGAAAGGUAGAUGGCGAUACCAUUAUUUUCUCAGCUGUGCAAGAACGGUCAAGUGCUGUUUAUCAGUGCAAUGCUUCUAAUGAGUAUGGAUACUUGCUGGCAAAUGCAUUUGUGAAUGUUCUGGCUGAGCCACCAAGAAUUCUAACUCCUGCUAAUAAGCUGUAUCAAGUCAUCGCAGAUAGUCCUGCAUUAAUAGACUGUGCCUAUUUUGGUUCACCUAAGCCUGAAAUCGAAUGGUUUAAGGGAGUGAAAGGUAGCAUCUUGCGUGGAAGUGAAUAUGUUUUCCAUGAUAAUGGAACCUUGGAAAUUCCAGUGGCUCAGAAGGAUAGUACUGGCACAUACACAUGUGUUGCAAGGAAUAAAUUAGGAAAGACACAAAAUGAAGUACAACUGGAAGUUAAAGACCCAACGAUGAUAAUUAAACAGCCCGAAUACAAAGUGAUUCAGAGAUCUGCCCAGGCUUCAUUUGAGUGUGUCAUAAAACAUGAUCCUACCUUAAUACCAACAGUUAGAUGGUUGAAAGACAAUGAUGAACUGCCAGAUGAUGAAAGGUUUCUAGUUGGUAAAGACAACUUGACCAUUAUGAAUGUAACUGAUAAAGAUGAUGGAACAUAUACUUGCAUAGUUAAUACUACACUGGACAGUGUUUCAGCAAGUGCUGUGCUUACUGUUGUUGCUCGGCCAAAUCCACCACUUGACUUGGAAUUGACAGGUCAGCUAGAAAGAAGCAUUGAACUCUCAUGGGUACCGGGAGAAGAAAACAACAGUCCCAUUACGAACUUUGUGAUUGAGUAUGAAGAUGGACUGCAUGAGCCAGGGGUAUGGCAUUACCAGACGGAAGUUCCUGGAUCUCAGACAACUGUACAGUUGAAGUUGUCUCCAUAUGUCAACUACUCAUUCCGUGUGAUUGCUGUCAAUGAAAUUGGUAGAAGUCAGCCAAGUGAACCAUCUGAGCAGUACCUGACAAAAUCCGCAAACCCUGAUGAAAAUCCUUCUAAUGUACAAGGGAUAGGCUCAGAACCUGAUAAUUUGGUAAUAACAUGGGAGUCUUUAAAAGGUUUUCAGUCUAACGGACCAGGACUUCAAUACAAAGUCAGCUGGCGCCAGAAGGAUGUUGAUGAUGAAUGGACAUCUGUUGUAGUUGCAAACGUGUCUAAAUAUAUUGUGUCUGGUACACCAACUUUUGUUCCCUAUGAAAUAAAAGUACAGGCUUUAAAUGACCUGGGAUAUGCACCAGAGCCAUCAGAGGUUAUUGGACAUUCAGGGGAAGACUUGCCAAUGGUUGCUCCAGGCAAUGUGCAGGUUCAUGUUAUUAACAGCACAUUGGCAAAAGUGCAUUGGGACCCUGUUCCACUAAAAUCUGUCCGAGGACAUCUUCAAGGGUAUAAAAUUUACUACUGGAAAAUACAGAGUCUAUCCAGAAGGAUUAAGCGACAUGUAGAAAAAAAGAUCUUGACUUUCAGGGGAAACAAGACUUUUGGAAUGUUGCCAGGGCUAGAGCCCUAUAGUUCUUACAAGCUGAAUGUUAGAGUUGUUAAUGGUAAAGGAGAAGGACCAGCAAGCCCAGACAAAGUCUUUAAAACUCCUGAAGGAGUUCCCAGCUCACCCUCCUUUUUGAAGAUUACUAAUCCAACACUGGACUCUCUGACUCUAGAGUGGGGUUCGCCUACCCAUCCAAAUGGUGUUUUGACUUCAUACAUACUGAAGUUUCAGCCAAUUAACAACACGCAUGAAUUAGGUCCCUUGGUAGAGAUAAGAAUACCUGCCAAUGAGAGCAGCUUGAUAUUAAAAAAUUUAAAUUACAGCACACGAUACAAGUUUUACUUUAACGCACAAACAUCAGUUGGAUCAGGAAGUCAGAUAACUGAGGAAGCAGUAACAAUUAUGGAUGAAGCCGGUAUUCUUCGUCCUGCUGUAGGUGCAGGCAAAGGAUAUUCAGAAACCCUUUUUGCAACCUCCCCAGUCAUGCAUACUGUCCGUCCAACUUUCUAUAAGGUGCAACCACUUUAUCCAAGGAUCAGAAAUGUUACAACAGCUGCUGCUGAGACCUAUGCCAAUAUCAGUUGGGAGUAUGAGGGACCAGAUCAUGCCAACUUUUAUGUUGAAUAUGGUGUAGCAGGCAGCAAAGAAGAUUGGAAAAAAGAAAUUGUAAAUGGUUCUCGAAGCUUCUUUGUGUUAAAGGGUUUAACACCAGGAACAGCAUAUAAAGUCCGAGUUGGUGCUGAGGGCCUGUCUGGUUUUAGGAGUUCAGAGGAUCUGUUUGAGACAGGUCCAGCAAUGGCAAGUCGGCAGGUAGAUAUUGCUACUCAAGGAUGGUUCAUUGGACUUAUGUGUGCUGUUGCUCUUCUUAUCUUGAUUUUACUGAUUGUUUGCUUCAUAAGGAGGAAUAAAGGUGGCAAAUAUCCAGUGAAGGAAAAAGAGGAUGCACAUGCUGAUCCAGAAAUACAGCCUAUGAAGGAAGAUGAUGGAACAUUCGGUGAAUACAGGUCCAUGUCUGCUUGGACAGGAAAGAAAAUGGACAAGGAAAAGAAAAGAAAAGGUAGCUGUGCCAGUUCUUCUGAAGCAGACCCUGUCUUUACCAAAGCAAAGUCUGUGAGAUCUGACAGAUCCAACUUCUUCAGAAGGUCAGGGGAUCAAUACUCCAACAUCAGAUCAGAGACCUCCUGCUCCAGCAGGAAGGCUAGGCAGUCUUCAGAGCUUAGAAGGGCUAAUUCUGUCUCUGCUUACCUCUGCCAAGAGGAAAAGAGGUCAGACAAAUGGAAAUGCAGGCAUGGCUCUAGACGUCAUGCUUCUGAGCAACAGAUAAUGGGUUUGGAUGAGGGCUCAAAUUCUCUGGCAGGACAUCCACCCCCUUUCCACCAACACCUCAGCUGCAACUCAAUUCAUGGCUCACUGGCAAGGCAGCAUUCUUCUCUACAGCACCGGUUCAGCCAGACCCCAGACUACAGCUCAGAUUCAGAAGACACCCAGAGCUCCAGCCACCGGAAGGUAAGACCUUCUGCUACUACUAAUUUCUCUGAAUCUGAAAAGAAUUCAUUAAUAAAAUCUGUAAUUUUGCCUGAGCUAGCUACUGUCUUAAAGGAUGCACUCACAGCAGCCAGACAAAGUAUAACUUCUGUGGCACAGACUAGGUCCCACACAGUAAAGCAUCCGAGGAUACCAAUUACAGAAGUUCCAGUGGUUCCUCUAGAAGCAACUGGGAGCAGUUCCCAAACUUUUGAGUCUGACUAUAUGGAGUGUUUAAAAGAUCAAGCCACUUCUAAGAAGGAGAAAAUUGAGGCUUACAAGGCUUUGGAGGUUGAUUCAUCCACUGAAGAUGAAGAGGUGUCAUCUGAAUCCCCUACAGAAGUUGAAGAAGGACCAGAUGCUGUGCGUAAGUUUGGCAUGGAGCAUCAGAGUUAUCUGUUCAAGCACAUUAAAAGAGUGUUAAUGCUGAAAACUUCCAAAGGUGAAUGCCCUUCAGAAGAAAUGCCUAUCUUAUCUGAAGAAGGCAAUAUAGAUAAUGCACUUCCUAUCCAUUCAACAGUGGAAAAUCUCAUCUGUAGGAUUUGGGGUAAUCCUGAGGCAAAACAUGAAGCCCCAGAAAUCCUACGUAAGUUGUAUCCUCUUCCAGUGGAUAAAGCUACUUUGUGGGGGACCUUGCCUAAGGUAGACAGGACAUUGAUUACUGGUGAUUCUGUGCUUUCAAAGCCUGCUAAUAUGGAUGCUCUCCCUAAAGAUCUUACUGAUAGAAAGAUUGAGGAAGAAAUUAAGAGGUCUUUCAAGCUGGUUGCAGCCCAGCUUGGAGUGUCUAUCUACUGCACUUAUGCUUCUAGAGCAUUACUGGUAUGGCUGGAGGAAGAACAAGCCAGAGUCAAAAGAAAAUGGGUCCCAUCUGGUGCCAUACAGAGGAAGCGCAGACUGUGUAAACUUGCAGCUAAUUUUAUCCAUGAUGCAGCUGAGGAUUCUCUUAGACUCACAGUUAAAAAUAUGGCAUGCCUCACAGUAGCCUGGAGGGCUAUUUGGCUACGUCCUUGGACCUCAUCGCUAGAUCUCAGAUGCCAGCUGCUGUCUUUACCAUACACUGGUGGCAAGCUAUUUGGUGAAUCCUUGGUCCAGAUCAUGAAGGACUUUGCAGAACAGAAACAUUCCUUACAUCAGAUGAAAAAAAAACGCUCUUUUGACCAUUCGUUUUCUUAUCCUCACAAGUCUCUAAGUUCCUUGCGUUCUCCUCCAAAGUUUAAAGGAGGAAAGGGAAAAUACAAGGUCUCGCAAUCUUUUCAUUCCAGCUGUGAAAGGACAUCUCGUCUUCAGAGGGACACGAGACCAUCAAGAGGAACUUUCUAAGAAUAGCUAAGAAUAGCUUCCUUUCUCAGGAACUGGGGAGACUGAAAAAUAUGGAAAUACUGAAUAAACUCAAUAUUUCUGGAUAAGCAAGGCCAAUGCUUCGAAAAUGUGUUAUUUCAAAAUAAGAAUUAAAUUAUUAAAUGACUUAAAUUUUAAUUGCUAGUUAUGAUUUUCUAAAGAAGUUAUAGGGGAGGUUUUUGUCACAUUCAGCUUCUAGUAUUCCCAAUAUUCUUGGAGUGACUUGGACUUGUUUGAAAUUUUGCAGUCUUCAAUGAUGUUUCUUCUUCUGAGAGCAUAUUUACUGCAGAAAAUAGCGUAUUUUCUACCAUAUUGAUCUAAUGAAGGAAAAACAUAAUGUUCUCGGAAACAUCGAUGUUUCUGGAACCACAGAUUGACUGGAUGUACAGCGUUCCUGUGAUUGGUGGCAUGCACAGUUCCUCUAGAAGUAUUUCACUACAAUCCCAGUGGUUUUCUCAGUUGGAAAAAACAGUGAAUUUUGGACAUGUUUACACCAAGAAACUACAAGAAGUACAACAAGUAUUCUAAAUGCAUUUAUUUAAAUUUAAAAUAAAGACUAUACAGAGCUCCUGCUCAGGUCAGUGCAGCUAUAUAAAUCAACCUAAAUUUCCGUCCUGGGUCGUAAAUGAAGAGAGAUUAGGAAUAACUGGCAUCUACAGAUCUGUUGAUUCAGGGUGGAGAGAGUUUGCAGGCACGCAUUUCUUAUUUAGCUUUAUGAAAAUAGAGCUUUUUGCAUCUCUUCUUACAUGAUAUCCCAGUGUAUUUGUCCGCAAAGGAAGAUCAAACAGGACAAGGCAUCUGUAGUAGCAGGACUGCUAGUGUGGUUACACAGGAUAUUUGCACAUUUUGUUGAAUUCCUUUGCCUCUUUUCUUCGUCAUUUUGACAUGUUAUUUUUUCUAGAAAUUCCUAGCUACGCUAUAGGAGACUUUCUGGAAAUGGUUAGUGGAGAAUUCUGAGGCUGAUAAGUAACGUAUUAGUCUUCCUGCUUUAUCUAGGUUGACUAACAAUGAGGAUAUAGUUUGUAAAUACAACGGUAUUUUUUUCUGCUGUACUUACAGAAGUUUUAUUGCAGCCUAGGUUUGUUUCCACGGGGACCUAGCAAUGAUUUGUGCCUCACAACAACUAUAAGGUUGAUCCAUUCUAGCACUUGAGAUGAUGUCAGUAGACUGCCUCUGGAGGCUUCGUGUCUCUGAAUAGUCUGAUUGGAUUUGGCAGUGAUCUUACUGUGUCCUCAUUCACACAUGCAUGCUUUUUUUGAUGGUUCUUAUUUUAAUUCUUGAGCAUCUGUGUCACCUACUUUUUAAAAUCAGUUCUUUGUUUUCCCUUGGUACAGUUUUCCUCCAGAAAUAGCAAGGGUGGAAAGUUUGAUUAAAUUCGUCUCAAGCAGGUUUUUCUUUACAACUUUUUACUAGGAGUAGAACAGAUUCUUAGGCUAACAACUUUUUCAGCCUGCUUCCAGGAACAUAAUCUUCAGUUUUUGCAGCUUCUGCCAAGAUUGAAGAUUACAGACAUGCUCAGGAAAAUCUGCUCAGGAAAAAAAACCAAGAUAGAUGUACCUUUGUCUUAGGUAGAUUGGAAAUAGUACAAAGUUUUGAAAUCUGAAUUAUUUGCAUAAGAGUAUAGGGGAAAGUAUCAUCUGCACGGUCCUCGGGAUCUCUUAUCAAUUUAGGAGUGGGAGCAGACGUCCAUUAGUCAUUGGAUCAGAGGUUGUCCAGGAAUCUACAGGAAAGCCAUGGUGUAAUGAACUUCUGUGCCUUUAUAUGUGUGCUUAUACUUAAAUACUUCUGGUCUGUUGACCUGAAGGCACAAAACAAGAAAUUCACUCCCAACAAAUUUCUUCCUUGUCAUCCUCUUCCUGCAUCCAGUAUCCCAGACUACUUUACCCAUUUUGUUUGUUUUGUGUUGCCUUUCAUCUGACAGCUGUGCUAUAAGGAAACGUAGUAUAUUGCUAACCAUAUAUUGAGUUGUUUUGCAUGUCCAUGAGUGUGGCAAAGUUUAGUGGGAACUAGUUGCCUGCUGGACUGCAGAGGCAUCGUAAUACUGUCUUCCCCAUUCUGACUGGUUGCUGCAUGUGCCCAUAUCUAAGGAAGAAAAGUUGAAAAGUUGAAAGAAGAAAGGAGAUUACAAGUGAUGCAGAGGACCAUAAACCUCUAAAAAAAGGAAGCCGGACACCGUCAGACAGAACUGUGAAAAAAGAAGACAGUGAUGAUAGUUUAGUUGACUAUGGAGAAGGUGUAAAUGGCCAGU